AUGGCGGCCGGCGUGGAGCUGGGCUUCGCGGCGGCCGCGCGGGGGGCGGCCGGGCUCUGGCGGUUGCGCAGCGCCUGCUUCCCCAGCAAGGUCGGGGGUCGGCCGGCGUGGUUGGGCGAAGCCGGGUUGCCGGGUCCCGCCGCCCUUCGCUGCGGCCGUUGUCAGCAGCCCUGCGCCUUCCUUCUCCAACUCUACGCGCCGCUGCCCGACCGCCCCGACGCCUUCCACCGCACCCUCUUCGUCUUCGCCUGCCGCGGCGCCGCCUGCUACCGCCUGCCGGGCCCGCGGGGGCCGCUCUGCGUGUUUCGGAACCAGCUGCCGCGGCGGAACGACACCUACCCCGCCGAGCCGCCCCCCGAAGAGCCGCCCCCGGGCCUCGCCACCGCUGCUCCUCCGCUCCGGCUCGGCAGCGGUGCCGCUCUCUGCCGCGUCUGCGGCUGCCUGGGGCCCCGCGUCUGCGGGAGCUGCCGCCGCGCUGCCUACUGCGGCCCCCAGCACCAGGCGCUGGACUGGCGGCGGGGGCACCGGAGGUCCUGCGGGAAGCACGCCGCCGGAGAUGAUUCGGCAGAUGCAAUUCCAGAGCAUAAUGAAUUCCUUUUUCCAGAAUAUGAAAUUUUGAUAGAACCUGAGGAACCAGAAUUUCCUGCUGACAGCAGCAUAGAUCCCAGUGAUGAACAAGGAGCUGCAGCUACAUCAAAGGACCCGAAAGAACAAGGGGAACUCAAGAGCAGUGCAGCAUUUCAAUCCUUAGAUGAAGAGACACUGGAAGCAAUGGCAAAACAUGAGACUGAAGAAGACAAGAUCUUCCAAAUGUUUAAAGAACGAGUAGCUGCCGAACCAGAGCAGAUUAUUAGAUACUGCAGAGGAGGAGAAGGCCCAAUCUGGGUAUCAAGUGAAAAUAUUCCUGAUGAAAAAGAUAUCCCAAAUUGUUCAUGUGGUGCCAAAAGGAUUUUUGAAUUCCAGAUUAUGCCACAGCUCCUGAACCACCUCCAAGUUGACAGCCUUGGAGAGAGCAUUGACUGGGGAACGCUGGUGGUGUACACAUGUGCUGACAACUGUGGUGGGGGAAAUGAAUACCUGGAAGAGUUCAUAUGGAAACAAGACUUCUCUGCAGGCUCUAUUUAACUUCCAUCAAGUUACUAAGUUGAGUCAUCUAAAUAGAAUACUUGCCUUGUUUCAGUGCAUCUCUGCACUGUGCAAACAGGUAAUUGAACUAAAGUCGCUGGUAACUGUGCGUCUUGUAACAGUUGCAGAACUACUAAAAGCAGACCUUGACAGGCUCUCUCUUGUGCUCCACAGGGGCUUUUACUUCAACCUGGUAAUGAAGCCAGAUGCAUUUGUUCAGUGAAUUUCACUUCAAAUCUCAAUUCUGAAUGUUUAAAUAAAAAUGAAGUAUUUUUGGAUUGGUG